CCCCUGCCGGUAUACAUCACUGCCAGCGUUGCCCUUCAGCCCAAGGGUUGGUAUCUGACUGUUCAUUGCCCUGCUAGGCAGCUUCCCGGCCCCAAAAAAGAAGGGGCCCUGGCUCUGCCUGCAAAGCAACGAAAAGACGCCUGCACAGCGCAUUUCGCUGAGUGCAGGGCGACUGUAGAGGCUGUAAGAGCUCUCCUAGGGAUACACUACAAAGACUACAAAUCGACGGCACGUUGGCUGUCGGUCCGACGCGACCUUGCCGCGUGGAAGAGCGGCCAGGAUUUCAUGACCCCGUGCCGCCAUUGA